ACACAUUCGAUGUCAAUUUGAUGAGGAAUGUUUUCAAGAAUGGAGCCGCAACGUAACAUCUGCAAACUGUGAAGGUGCCGUGUUGAUUUAGACAUAACAGUUUACAUUGAUAGGGAAUCGUGAAGAACUGGUCGUAAAAAUGUAUGGUUUUGUCAAUCACGCCUUGGAACUACUUGUAUUAAGAAAUUAUGGCGAAGACGUGUGGGAAGACAUCAAGCGCAAACUCGAUGUAGAGGGUCAGUUCCUUUGUCAGAAUCUAUAUGAAUGCCAAACAUACGACCUUGUUGCUGCGGCAAGCAAAGUUCUAAAGAUUGAUGCAGGGUGUAUCCUACAGAUGUUUGGGAAGAUGUUUUUUGAGUUUUGCCAAGAAUCAGGGUAUGACACCAUCCUGCGUGUUUUAGGCUCCAAUGUCCGUGAAUUCUUGCAGAAUCUGGAUGCCCUCCACGACCACCUAGGUACCAUUUACCCUGGGAUGAGGGCUCCGUCCUUCCGCUGCACCGACGCGGAGAAGGGCAACAAUCUGAUCCUGCACUACUACUCGGAGAGGGAGGGGCUCCAGGACAUUGUGAUCGGCAUCAUCAAGACGGUGGCCCAACAGAUCCACGGCACAGAAAUAGAAAUGAAGGUGAUCCAGCACAAGGGUGAGGAGUGUGACCACAUCAAGUUCCUGAUCGAGGAGAAGGACUCGGAGGAGGAGGCCUUCUAUGAGGAUCUGGACGGCUUCGAGGAGAACAGCACGCAGGAGACCCGGAUCAGCCCCUACACCUUCUGCAAGGCCUUUCCCUUUCACCUCAUGUUCGACAGGGACCUGAUGCUUACUCAGUGCGGCAACGCUAUCUUCCGUGUGCUGCCGCAGCUCCAGCCGGGCAUCUGUAACCUGCCCUCCGUGUUCUCUCUGGUGCGUCCACACAUAGACUUCAGCUUCCAAGGCAUGCUCUCCCACAUCAACACUGUCUUCGUUCUGCGAAGCAAGGAGGGCCUCUUGAACGUGGAGACUUCGGAGAAUGAGGACGAGCUGACUGGUGCUGAGAUCAGCUGCCUGAGGCUGAAGGGACAGAUGAUCUACCUGCCCGAGGCGGAGAACAUCCUCUUCCUCUGUUCUCCCAGUGUGAUGAACCUGGAUGACCUGACGCGGAGAGGCCUUUACCUGAGCGACAUCCCGCUGCACGAUGCCACACGUGACCUGGUGCUGCUGGGAGAACAGUUCCGUGAGGAGUACAAGCUGACCCAGGAACUGGAGAUCCUGACUGACCGUCUGCAGCACACCCUUCGGGCCCUGGAGGAUGAGAAGAAGAAGACGGACAGAUUGCUCUACUCAGUCCUGCCACCYUCGGUGGCCAAUGAGUUGCGCCACAAGCGUCCAGUCCCGGCCAAACGCUACGACAAUGUGACRAUCCUCUUCAGCGGCAUUGUGGGAUUCAACGCCUUCUGCAGCAAACACGCYUCCGCCGAGGGUGCCAUCAAGAUAGUCAACCUGCUCAACGACGUCUACACCCGAUUUGACAUCCUGACCGACUCGAGAAAGAACCCCUACGUGUACAAGGUGGAGACAGUGGGUGAUAAGUACAUGACGGUCAGUGGGCUGCCAGAACCAUGUACCCACCAUGCUCAGUCUAUCUGCCACCUGGCCCUGGACAUGAUGGAGAUUGCUGGACAGGUCAAAGUGGAUGAAGACCCUCUCCCUAUAACCAUUGGGAUCCACACAGGAGAGGUGGUAACUGGGGUCAUAGGUCAAAGGAUGCCCCGCUACUGCCUGUUUGGAAAUACUGUCAACCUCACCAGCCGUACAGAAACCACAGGAGAGAAGGGAAAAAUCAACAUUUCAGAAUAUACUUACAGGUGUUUGCAGUCAGCAGAGAAUGCUGACCCCAGUUUCAUUUGGAGUACGAGACCCAUCACCAUGAAAGGCAAGAAGGAGGCCAUGAAUGUGUACUUUCUGUCGCGCAAAAGUACUGAAAGCAUAGUUUGAUCAUAAAAGCAUUCUCCUUUCCCAGUGGGCAAAAUGCAUAAAGGUGUAUUUUGGGGUUCUAAUUUGGUUUUAUGGGUUGAAGAAGAUGUCAGAUAA